ACAAAACUGACAACUCACCUUGCCAGGCACAAAACUGACAACUCACCUUGCCAGGCACAAAACUGACAACUCACCUUGCCAGGCCAGUUUUAAAGAUAACCCCUCAAGGUGCUCGACGAGAUGCCGAAGUAUUGUUCUGCACCGAACUGCAAGAAUGACUCUGGAAACAACAAUUCUGAUAGGAAAAGCUUCUACAAGUAAGCAUGGCUGUAUUUGUUGCUAGCUUGACUAUAACUAUGCGAGCAGUAACUUUCGAUAUUAAUGAUAGCCGAUUAAACUCAACAAUUUACGAUGAAGUUAAGCGGCGACUAGUGUGGGCGAACUAGUUUUUCAAUAACGCCAUUUUAUGUGACAUAAAAUGUCAUUUAUAUAUAUAUAUGAUUAAAAUAUAAAAUAUGAUUAUUUUUUAAACACAUUGUCUUGUAUAAUUGCGGGCUAGUGUUUGGCUGCCAAAAACAAUAGUUUUGGAUAAACGUAAUUUUAUCUGUCAUUUCAACUCCAGGCCGCCCACACUAACGUGGAGUUAAGUUUAGUUGGCUACUAUGAAUGGCAAGGUGUCAAGCAUUAUCAUGUCGCUCAAAGGCUAAUACUAUUUUGACAAAUAUUACAUAUGUGCUAAACCAUAUUGAUAGUUAGCUAAGUUAACACAAUGUAUUUGAUGUGUAAGCUGAUCUGCCAUAUGGUCGAUGUUCUACAGUAGCUAGCAGUUAUUUUUCCUCCAUGUGUUAGCCACUCAUAUUGAAUGUUUCGCAAUGUGGGUCACAGUUGCAUGACCUGACUCAAGCAGGUUGCUGUUGGAAACUAAUACUGUUGUUCUCCUGCUCCUGUAGGUUUCCGCUGCAGGACCCAGCCCGCUUAGAGCAGUGGUUGAAAAACAUGGGUCGUGAGGACUGGACCCCUUCCAGACACCAGUAUAUCUGUCAUGAACAUUUUGCAUCCUCCAGCUUCAAGCUGCGCUGGGGGAUCCGUUACCUGGAGAACAACGCUGUGCCCACUGUCUUCCAGCUCACAGAGGUGCAGUGCAUUUGGAAAGUAUUCAGACCCCUUCACUUUUUCCACAUUUUGUUACGUUACAGCCUUAUUCUAAAAUUGAUUAAAUCGUUUUUCCCCCUCAUCAAUCUAGACACAAUACCACAUAAUGACGAAGCAAAAACUGGUUUUUAGACAAUUUUGCAAAUGUAUUAAAAAUAAAAAACUGAAAUAUAACAUUUACAUAAGUAUUCAGACCCUUUACUAAGUACUUUGUUGAAGCUACAAGUAUGAUGCUAGAAGCUUGGCAUACCUAUAUUUUGGGAGUUUCUCCCAUUCUUCUCUGCAGAUCCUCUCUAGCUCUGUCAGGUUGGAUGGGGAGCGUCGCUGCACAGCUAUUUUCAGGUCUCUCCAGAGAUGUUCGAUCAGGUUCAAGUCUGGGCUCUGGCUGGGCCACUCAAGGACAUUCAGAGACUUGUCCCGAAGCCUCUCCUGCGUUGUCUUGGCUGUAUGCUUCGAGUUGUUGUCCUGUUGGAAGGUGAACCUUUGCCCCAUCUGAGGUCCUGAGCGCUCUGGAGCAGGUUUUCAUCAAGGAUCUCUCUGUACUUUGCUCCGUUCAACUUUCCCUCGAUCCUGACUAGUCUCUCAGUCCCUGCCGCUGAAAAACAUCUCCACAGCAUGAUGCUGCCACCACCAUGCUUCACCGUAGAGAUGGUGCCUGGUUUCCUCCAGACGUGACGCUUGGCAUUCAGGCCAAAGAGUUCAACCUUGGUUUCUCCAGACCAGAGAAUCUUGCUUCAUGGUCUGAGAGUCCUUUAAGUGCCUUUUGGCAAACUCCAAGCGGGCUGUCAUGACUUUUACUGAGGAGUGGCUUCCGUCUGGCCACUCUACCAUAAAGUCCUGGUUGGUGGAGUGCUACAGAGAUGGUUGGCCUUCUGGAAUGUUCUCCCAGAUCUGUGCCUCGACACAAUCUUGUUUCAGAGCUCCACAGACAAUUCCUUCGACCUCAUGGCUUAGUUUUUGCUCUGACAUGCACUGUCAACUGUGGGAACUAAUCUAGACAAGUGUGUGCCUUUCCAAAUCAUGUCCAAUCAAUUGAAUUUACCACAGGUGGACUCAAUCAAGUUAUAACAACAUCUCAAGGAUGAUCAAUGGAAACAGGAUGCACCUGAGCUCAAUUUCGAGUCUCAUAGCAAAGGGUCUGAAUACUUAAGUAAAUAAGGUAUUUCUGUUUAUUCUUCAUACAUUUGCAAAAAUUUUGAAAAACCUGUUUUUGCUUUGUCAUUAUGUGAUAUUGUGUGUAGAUUGAUGAGGGGGAAAAACAACUUAAUCAAUUUUAGAAUAAGGUUGUAACGUAACAAAAUGUGGAAAAAGUCAAGGGGUCUGAAUACUUUCAGAAUGCACUGUUAAGGUCACUCUAACCCUAGGUUAUUGUCUGUAAAUGUGGUGACAUGUUAUCCCUGAUAAAGUCAACCUAAAUGUAACAGGGGAAAGCCAUCCAUGUUGGUUUAUGUUCCUUCUUUCAAGUUCUGCAUGUAUUUGAGUCUGUUAGAUGAUUUUUGUGCUUUUUAAAUGAUUAGAUUCAGAAGUUGAACAACGCUCUUCCUCUUCCCUUUGUGUUUUGGACAGAAACGUAAAGGUGAGGAACACCGUGAGAGUCGGAAAUCCAAAAGGCUGCGACACAGCAGGAAAACACGGACCACCUCUUCUGACUUUGGGAUGCCAGCUAGCGACUCCACAGACAGUGACAGUGCGAACACAGUGACACUCUAUGACACGGUUAACCCCUCAGCGACUGAGGAGGCAGAGCUGCUGGAGGAGAGGGACGUGACUGGGCACACAGUGGACCUACUGCACACAGCAGCUCUGCCUCCGUCAGCGUUAGAGGGGUGGAGCCAUGACGGUGCUGCAGGAGGCUUCCCUGUUACUGUGUUCCAAACAGUAGAGGAUCUGGGUGGGCUGGAGGGUGGAGGGGAGCAUGGUGGGCUGGAUGGAGAGGUGGUGGUGUCGGAACAGCUGGAAGAGGUGGAGGUGAGUAGGGUCACAGCAGCCAUCUUGACUGAAGGUUAUGACCUGGGAACAACGGAAGAUGUCGGUCAUUUUGUGUUGUCCCCGACAACUCUGCUCAUCGAGAACGUCUCUCCUGAGAUGGAGGAGCUGUCUGUCUCCCAGGACUACCACGGUGGCGGGGCUCAGAUCAUCGCCUACUUUGAGACGAUCCCCAACAUUCUGUCCAGCGGGGCGGCUCAGUUCAGCAUCCCACCAGACACUGUGCUGUCCUCAGCUCUCAGCCCCACACCCAUCGUCUCCACACUGCCUAUAGUGUCCAAGCACAUGCCCCCCUCUCCCGGAUCACUUAUCCUCACACUGGAGAGACUGGAGACUGAGGAGGGGGAGACGGAAGAGGAGGAGGAGGACCGUAUGGAACACCGGGGAAGCCAACUGGAGGAACACCGGUAAAGAGCACCCUUAACCCUCUACACCUUAACCCUCUACACCUUAACCCUCUACACAGCAGGAACCUUAACCCUCUACACCGGAAACCGCGACACCUUAACCUCUACCCUUAACCCUGCUACACCCGUAACCUCGACACCUUAACCCUUACACAGUAACCGUCUACACCUUAACCCUCUACACCUUAACAUCUACCCUCUACACCUGAAACCCUUACACCUUUAACCUUAACCAGCUACCCCCUUAACCUUAACCCUCUACACUUAACCUCUACACCUGAACCCUCGACACAUUAAACCCUCUACCCCUGGACCUUAACCCUCUACCCCUUGACCUUAACCCUCUACCCCUUGACCUUAACCCUCUACCCCUUGACCUUAACCCUCUACACCUUAACCCUCUACCCCUUGACCUUAACCCUCUACCCCUUGACCUUAACCCUCUACACCUUAACCUUAACCCUCUACCCCUUGACCUUAACCCUCUACACCUUGACCUUAACCCUCUACCCCUCUACCCCUCUACCCCUUGACCUUAACCCUCUACCCCUCUACCUUAACCCUCUACCCCUUGACCUUAACCCUCUACACCUUGACCUUAACCCUCUACCCCUCUACCCCUUGCCCUUAACCCUCUACCCCUUGACCUUAACCCUCUACACCUUAACCCUCUACCCCUUGACCUUAACCCUCUACCCCUCUACCCCUUGACCUUAACCCUCUACCCUAAGAAUGAGGGUCUUGGUCCUGGUGCCUCAGACUCUUGCUAGCCUUAAUGUUAAUGCCAGUAUGUUCUGCUAAGAUACCCGUGUCACCCCAACAUUAAUGUGAUCUGAGUGACUCAAAUAUUACAACAAUGUUAGCUACAAUAACAACAGCCUGAGGAACCCUAACCGCUGUAACAUCUCCUCCUCUGUUAGCUACAAUAACAACAGCCUGAGGAACCCUAACCGCUGUAACAUCUCCUCCUCUGUUAGCUACAAUAACAACAGCCUGAGGAACCCUAACCGCUGUAACAUCUCCUCCUCUGUUAGCUACAAUAACAACAGCCUGAGGAACCCUAACCGCUGUAACAUCUCCUCCUCUGUUAGCUACAAUAACAACAGCCUGAGUAACCCUAACCGCUGUAACAUCUCCUCCUCUGUUAGCUACAAUAACAACAGCCUGAGGAACCCUAACCGCUGUAACAUCUCCUCCUCUGUUAGCUACAAUAACAACAGCCUGAGUAACCCUAACCGCUGUAACAUCUCCUCCUCUGUUAGCUACAAUAACAACAGCCUGAGUAACCCUAACCGCUGUAACAUCUCCUCCUCUGUUAGCUACAAUAACAACAGCCUGAGUAACCCUAACCGCUGUAACAUCUCCUCCUCUGUUAUCUACAAUAACAACAGCCUGAGUAACCCUAACCGCUGUAACAUCUCCUCCUCUGUUAGCUACAAUAACAACAGCCUGAGUAACCCUAACCGCUGUAACAUCUCCUCCUCUGUUAGCUACAAUAACAACAGCCUGAGGAACCCUAACCGCUGUAACAUCUCCUCCUCUGUUAGCUACAAUAAGAACAGCCUGAGGAACCCUAACCGCUGUAACAUCUCCUCCUCUGUUAGCUACAAUAACAACAGCCUGAGUAACCCUAACCGCUGUAACAUCUCCUCCUCUGUUAGCUACAAUAACAACAGCCUGAGUAACCCUAACCGCUGUAACAUCUCCUCCUCUGUUAGCUACAAUAACAACAGCCUGAGUAACCCUAACCGCUGUAACAUCUCCUCUGUUAGCUACAAUAACAACAGCCUGAGGAACCCUAACCGCUGUAACAUCUCCUCCUCUGUUAGCUACAAUAACAACAGCCUGAGGAACCCUAACCGCUGUAACAUCUCCUCCUCUGUUAGCUACAAUAACAACAGCCUGAGGAACCCUAACCGCUGUAACAUCUCCUCCUCUGUUAGCUACAAUAACAACAGCCUGAGGAACCCUAACCGCUGUAACAUCUCCUCCUCUGUUAGCUACAAUAACAACAGCCUGAGGAACCCUAACCGCUGUAACAUCUCCUCUGUUAGCUACAAUAACAACAGCCUGAGGAACCCUAACCGCUGUAACAUCUCCUCUGUUAGCUACAAUAACAACAGCCUGAGGAACCCUAACCGCUGUAACAUCUCCUCCUCUGUUAGCUACAAUAACAACAGCCUGAGUAACCCUAACCGCUGUAACAUCUCCUCCUCUGUUAGCUACAAUAACAACAGCCUGAGUAACCCUAACCGCUGUAACAUCUCCUCCUCUGUUAGCUACAAUAACAACAGCCUGAGUAACCCUAACCGCUGUAACAUCUCCUCCUCUGUUAGCUACAAUAACAACAGCCUGAGUAACCCUAACCGCUGUAACAUCUCCUCCUCUGUUAGCUACAAUAACAACAGCCUGAGUAACCCUAACCGCUGUAACAUCUCCUCCUCUGUUAGCUACAAUAACAACAGCCUGAGUAACCCUAACCGCUGUAACAUCUCCUCCUCUGUUAGCUACAAUAACAACAGCCUGAGUAACCCUAACCGCUGUAACAUCUCCUCCUCUGUUAGCUACAAUAACAACAGCCUGAGUAACCCUAACCGCUGUAACAUCUCCUCCUCUGUUAGCUACAAUAACAACAGCCUGAGGAACCCUAACCGCUGUAACAUCUCCUCCUCUGUUAGCUACAAUAACAACAGCCUGAGUAACCCUAACCGCUGUAACAUCUCCUCCUCUGUUAGCUACAAUAACAACAGCCUGAGUAACCCUAACCGCUGUAACAUCUCCUCCUCUGUUAGCUACAAUAACAACAGCCUGAGUAACCCUAACCGCUGUAACAUCUCCUCCUCUGUUAGCUACAAUAACAACAGCCUGAGUAACCCUAACCGCUGUAACAUCUCCUCCUCUGUUAGCUACAAUAACAACAGCCUGAGUAACCCUAACCGCUGUAACAUCUCCUCCUCUGUUAGCUACAAUAACAACAGCCUGAGUAACCCUAACCGCUGUAACAUCUCCUCCUCUGUUAGCUACAAUAACAACAGCCUGAGUAACCCUAACCGCUGUAACAUCUCCUCCUCUGUUAGCUACAAUAACAACAGCCUGAGGAACCCUAACCGCUGUAACAUCUCCUCUGUUAGCUACAAUAACAACAGCCUGAGUAACCCUAACCGCUGUAACAUCUCCUCUGUUAGCUACAAUAAGAACAGCCUGAGUAACCCUAACCGCUGUAACAUCUCCUCCUCUGUUAGCUACAAUAACAACAGCCUGAGGAACCCUAACCGCUGUAACAUCUCCUCCUCUGUUAGCUACAAUAACAACAGCCUGAGGAACCCUAACCGCUGUAACAUCUCCUCCUCUGUUAGCUACAAUAACAACAGCCUGAGGAACCCUAACCGCUGUAACAUCUCCUCCUCUGUUAGCUACAAUAACAACAGCCUGAGUAACCCUAACCGCUGUAACAUCUCCUCUGUUAGCUACAAUAACAACAGCCUGAGUAACCCUAACCGCUGUAACAUCUCCUCUGUUAGCUACAAUAACAACAGCCUGAGUAACCCUAACCGCUGUAACAUCUCCUCCUCUGUUAGCUACAAUAACAACAGCCUGAGUAACCCUAACCGCUGUAACAUCUCCUCCUCUGUUAGCUACAAUAACAACAGCCUGAGUAACCCUAACCGCUGUAACAUCUCCUCCUCUGUUAGCUACAAUAACAACAGCCUGAGUAACCCUAACCGCUGUAACAUCUCCUCCUCUGUUAGCUACAAUAACAACAGCCUGAGUAACCCUAACCGCUGUAACAUCUCCUCCUCUGUUAGCUACAAUAACAACAGCCUGAGGAACCCUAACCGCUGUAACAUCUCCUCCUCUGUUAGCUACAAUAACAACAGCCUGAGUAACCCUAACCGCUGUAACAUCUCCUCUGUUAGCUACAAUAACAACAGCCUGAGGAACCCUAACCGCUGUAACAUCUCCUCUGUUAGCUACAAUAACAACAGCCUGAGGAACCCUAACCGCUGUAACAUCUCCUCCUCUGUUAGCUACAAUAACAACAGCCUGAGGAACCCUAACCGCUGUAACAUCUCCUCCUCUGUUAGCUACAAUAACAACAGCCUGAGGAACCCUAACCGCUGUAACAUCUCCUCCUCUGUUAGCUACAAUAACAACAGCCUGAGGAACCCUAACCGCUGUACAUCUCUCCUCUGUUAGCUACAAUAACAACAGCCUGAGGAACCCUAACCGCUGUAACAUCUCCUCCUCUGUUAGCUACAAUAACAACAGCCUGAGGAACCCUAACCGCUGUAACAUCUCCUCCUCUGUUAGCUACAAUAACAACAGCCUGAGGAACCCUAACCGCUGUAACAUCUCCUCCUCUGUUAGCUACAAUAACAACAGCCUGAGGAACCCUAACCGCUGUAACAUCUCCUCCUCUGUUAGCUACAAUAACAACAGCCUGAGGAACCCUAACCGCUGUAACAUCUCCUCCUCUGUUAGCUACAAUAACAACAGCCUGAGUAACCCUAACCGCUGUAACAUCUCCUCCUCUGUUAGCUACAAUAACAACAGCCUGAGGAACCCUAACCGCUGUAACAUCUCCUCCUCUGUUAGCUACAAUAACAACAGCCUGAGUAACCCUAACCGCUGUAACAUCUCCUCUGUUAGCUACAAUAACAACAGCCUGAGUAACCCUAACCGCUGUAACAUCUCCUCCUCUGUUAGCUACAAUAAAACAGCCUGAGUAACCCUAACCGCUGUAACAUCUCCUCCUCUGUUAGCUACAAUAACAACAGCCUGAGGAACCCUAACCGCUGUAACAUCUCCUCCUCUGUUAGCUACAAUAACAACAGCCUGAGUAACCCUAACCGCUGUAACAUCUCCUCCUCUGUUAGCUACAAUAACAACAGCCUGAGGAACCCUAACCGCUGUAACAUCUCCUCCUCUGUUAGCUACAAUAACAACAGCCUGAGUAACCCUAAACCGCUGUAACAUCUCCUCCUCUGUUAGCUACAAUAACAACAGCCUGAGGAACCCUAACCGCUGUAACAUCUCCUCCUCUGUUAGCUACAAUAACAACAGCCUGAGGAACCCUAACCGCUGUAACAUCUCCUCCUCUGUUAGCUACAAUAACAACAGCCUGAGUAACCCUAACCGCUGUAACAUCUCCUCCUCUGUUAGCUACAAUAACAACAGCCUGAGUAACCCUAACCGCUGUAACAUCUCCUCCUCUGUUAGCUACAAUAACAACAGCCUGAGUAACCCUAACCGCUGUAACAUCUCCUCCUCUGUUAGCUACAAUAACAACAGCCUGAGUAACCCUAACCGCUGUAACACUCUCUCUCUGUUAGCUACAAUAACAACAGCCUGAGGAACCCUAACCGCUGUAACAUCUCCUCCUCUGUUAGCUACAAUAACAACAUUCUGAGUAACCCUAACCGCUGUAACAUCUCCUCCUCUGUUAGCUACAAUAAGAACAGCCUGAGUAACCCUAACCGCUGUAACAUCUCCUCCUCUGUUAGCUACAAUAACAACAGCCUGAGGAACCCUAACCGCUGUAACAUCUCCUCCUCUGUUAGCUACAAUAACAACAGCCUGAGUAACCCUAACCGCUGUAACAUCUCCUCCUCUGUUAGCUACAAUAAGAACAGCCUGAGUAAGGAGCAGCUGGAAGCCAUUGUGAUAGAGCUUCAGAAGAAGGUGAAGGUAUUGCAACAGAGACACAGGAGACACCUGGAUAAACUUGUGGGUCUGGAAAACACUGUCAACCAGCUGAGACACAACAACCUGCUGAAUGAAGAGCGGCUGCAUCUACUGGAGAGGGUACUAUACAUCUUAGACGUGACAAUACUUAACGUGACAAUACUUAACGUGACCGUGCUUAACGUGACCGUGCUUAACGUGACCGUGCUUAACGUGAUCGUGCUUAACGUGACCGUGCUUAACGUGACCAUACAUGACCAUACAUGACAAUACAUGACAAUACAUAACAUUACAUGACCAUACAUUACAUGAAGGACCUUAUUCUAAAAUGGUUAAAACAUUUUAAAAAAUCCUCAUCAAUCUACACACAAUACCCAAUAAUGACAAAGUGAAAACAGGUUUUUAGACAUUUUUGCAUAUUUAUUACAAAUAAAAAAACAGAUACCUUAUUUACAUAAGUAUUCAGGGAGGUGACCAAGAACCUGAUGGUCACUGACAAAGCUCCAGAAUUCAUCUGACAACCAUCUCUGCAGCACUCCACGAAUAAGGCCUUUAUGGUAGAGUGGCCAGACGGAAGCCACUCUUUAGUAAAAGGCACAUGACAACCCGCUUGAAGUUUGCCAAAAGGCACCGAAAGGACUCUCAGACCAUGAGAAACAAGAUUCUCUGGUCUGAUGAAACCAAGAUUGAACUCAUUGACCUGAAUGCCAAGCGUCACGUCUGGAGGAAACCUGGCACCAUCCCUACGGUGAAGCAUGGUGGUUGCAGCAUCAUGCUGUGGGGGUGUUUUUCAGCGGCAGAGACUGAGAGACUAGUCAAGAUCGAGGGAAAGAUGAACGGAGCAAAGUACAGAGAUCCUUGAUGAAAACCUGCUCCAGAGUGCUCAGGACCUCAGACUGGGACGAAGGUUCACCUUCCAACAGGACAACUACCCUAAGCACACAGUCAAGACAACGCAGAAGUGGCUUCGGGACAAGACUUGAAUCCGAUCUAACAUCUCUGGAGAGACCUGAAAAUAGCUGGGCAGAGACACUCCCCAUCCAACCUGACAGCGCUUGCAGAGAAGAAUGGGAUAAACUCCCCAAAUACAGGUGUGCCAAGCUUGUAGUGUCAUACCCAAGAAGAUUUGAGGCUGUAAUCGCUGCCAAAGGUGCUUCAACAAAGUACUGAGUAAAGGGUCCGAAUAUUUUUAAUACAUUUGCAAACAUUUCUAAAAACCUGUUUUUUGCUUUGUCAUUAUUGGGUAUUGUGUGUAGAUUGAGGAAAAAAUCAAUUUUAGAAUAAGGCUGUAACGUAACAAAAUGUGGAAACGGUCAAGGGGUCUGAAUACUUUCCGAAUGCACUGUAACAAUGCAUUACAUGACAAUACGUAACAUUUGACCUUUUAGUCAUUUAGCAGACGCUCUUAUCCAGAGCAACUUACAGGAGCAAUUACGGUUAAGUGCCUUGCUCAAGGGCACAGGCCGAAAUUUUAUUUUAUUUUGUUUAUUUUUUUAACUAGUCGGCUUGGAUUCAAACCAGCGACCUUAACCGCUACCUUCCACACCAAUCUCAAUAAAUCAUUUAAUGGACCUCGCUUUGCACGGGGGCAUUGUCAAGCUGAAACAGGAAAGGGCCUUCCCCAAAGGUGGAAGCACAGAAUCGUCUAGAAUGUCAUUGUAUGCUGUAGCGUUAAGAUUUCCCUUCACUGGAACUAAGGGGCCUAGCCCCAACCAUGAAAAACAGCCCCAGACCAUUAUUCCUCCUACACCAAACUUUACAGUAAAAAAAUCUAAAUUGUUUUUUUCCCUCAUCAAUCUACACAAUACCCCAUAAUGACAAAGUAAAAACAGGUUUUUAGACAAUUUUGCACAUUUAUUGCAAAUAAACUGAAAUUACAUUUACAUAAGUAUUCAGACACUUUGCUCAGUACGUUGUUGAAGCACCUUUGGCAGCGAUUACAGCCUCUAGUCUUCUUGGGUAUGACGCUACAAGCUUGGCACACCUGUAUUUGGGGAGUUUCUCCCAUUCUUCUCUGCAGAUCCUCUCAAGCUCUGUCAGGUUGGAUGGGGAGCGUCGCUGCACAGCUAUUUUCAGGUCUCUCCAAAGAUGUUCGAUCGGGUUCAAGUCCGGGCUCUGGUUGGGCCACUCAAGGACAUUGAGACUUGUCCCGAAGCCACUCCUGCAUUGUCUUGGCUGUGGGCUUAGGGUCGUUGUCCUGUUGGAAGGUGAACCUUCACCCCAGUCUGAGGUCCUGAGCACUCUGGAGCAGGUUUUCAUCAAUGAUCUCUCUGUACUUUGCUCCGUUCAUCUUUCCCUCGAUCCUGACUAGUCUCCCAGUCCCUGCUGCUGAAAAACAUCCCCACAGCCUGAUGCUGCCAACACCAUGCUUCACCGUAGGGAUGGUGCCAGGUUUCCUCCAGACGUGACGCGUGGCAUUCAGGCCAGAGUUCAAUCUUAGUUUCAUCAGACCAGAUAAUCUUGUUUCUCAUGGUCUGAGAGUCCUUUAAGUGCCUUUUGGCAAACUCCAAGCAGGCUGUCAUGUGCCUUUUACUGAGGAGUGGCUUCCGUCUGGCCACUCUACCAUAAAGGCCUGAUUGGUGGAGUGCUGCAGAGAUGCUUUUCUGGAAGGUUCUCCCAUCUCCACAGAGUAACUCUGGAGCUCUGUCAGUGACCAUCGGGUUCUUGGUCACCUCCCUGACCAAUGCCCUUCUCCCCCGAUUGCUCAGUUUGGCCAGUCGACCAGCUCUAGGAAGAGUCUUGGUGGUUCUAAACUUCUUCCAUUUAAGAAUGAUGGAGGCAACUGUGUUCUUGGGGACCUUCAAUGCUGAAUUUUUUGGCACCCUUCCCCAGAUCUGUGCCUCGACACAAUCCUGUCUCGGAGCUCUACGGACAAUUCUUUCGACCUCAUGGUUUGGUUUUUGCUCUGACAUGCACUGUCAACUGUGGGACCUUUGUAUAUAGACAGGUGUGUGUGCCUUUCCAAAUGGUGUCCAAUCAAUUGAAUUAUCACAGGUGGACUCCAAUCAAGUUGUAAAAACAUCUCAAGCGUGAUCAAUGGAAACAGGAUGCACCUGAUCUCAAUUUCGAGUCUCAUAGCAAAGGGUCUGAAUACUUAUGUAAAUAAGGUUUUUCUGUUUUUAAUACAUUUGCAAAAAUGUCUAAACCUGUUUUCGCUUUGUCAUUAUGGGGUAUUGCUUGUAGAUCGAUGAGAAAAUAAUAUUAUUAAUGAAUUUUAGAAUAAGGCUGUAACGUAACAAAAUGUGAAUGCACUGUAUCUGUAGAGUCCAGCAGCAUACCACCCUGCAUACCACUGCUGGCAUACCACACUGCAUCCCACUGCUGGCAUACCACCCUGCAUACCACUGCUGGCAUACCACACUGCAUACCACUGCUGGCAUACCACACUGCAUCCCACUGCUGGCAUACCACACUGCAUCCCACUGCUGGCAUACCACACUGCAUACCACUGCUGGCAUACCACACUGCAUACCACUGCUGGCAUACCACACUGCAUCCCACUGCUGGCAUACCACACUGCAUCCCACUGCUGGCAUACCACACUGCAUCCCACUGCUGGCAUACCACUGCUGGCAUACCACACUGCAUCCCACUGCUGGCAUACCACUGCUGGCAUACCACUGCUGGCAUACCACUGCUGGCAUACCACACUGCAUCCCACUGCUGGCAUACCACACUGCAUACCACUGCUGGCAUACCACACUGCAUACCACUGCUGGCAUACCACACUGCAUACCACUGCUGGCAUACCACACUGCAUACCACUGCUGGCAUACCACACUGCAUCCCACUGCUGGCAUACCACACUGCAUCCCACUGCUGGCAUACCACACUGCAUACCACUGCUGGCAUACCACACUGCAUACCACUGCUGGCAUACCACACUGCAUACCACUGCUGGCAUACCACACUGCAUACCACUGCUGGCAUACCACACUGCAUACCACUGCUGGCAUACCACACUGCAUACCACUGCUGGCAUACCACACUGCAUCCCACUGCUGGCAUACCACACUGCAUACCACUGCUGGCAUACCACACUGCAUCCCACUGCUGGCAUACCACCCUGCAUCCCACUGCUGGCAUACCACACUGCAUACCACUGCUGGCAUACCACACUGCAUACCACUGCUGGCAUACCACACUGCAUCCCACUGCUGGCAUACCACACUGCAUACCACUGCUGGCAUACCACCCUGCAUCCCACUGCUGGCAUACCACACUGCAUACCACUGCUGGCAUACCACACUGCAUCCCACUGCUGGCAUACCACACUGCAUCCCACUGCUGGCAUACCACACUGCAUCCCACUGCUGGCAUGCCUCUGAAGCUAAGCAGGGUCGGUCCUGGAUGAGACCAGCUGCUGCUGGAAGUGGUGUCAAAGGGCCAGUAGGAGGCACUAUUUCCUCUGAUUUAAAUAAAAAAAAAGAUCCCAGUGAUUGAGGACGUUGCCCUGUGUAGGGGUGCCGUCUUUAAACCGCUGUCCUGACUCUCUGUGGUCACUAAAGAUCCCAUGGCACUUAUCGUAAGAGUAGGGAUGUUAACCCCCGGUGUCCUGGCUAAAUUUCCAAUCUGGCCCUCAUACCAUCAUGGCCACCUAAUCAUCCCCAGCUUCCAAUUGGCUCAUUCAUCCCCCCUCCUCUCCACUGUAACUAUUCCCCAGGUCCUCAGUCAACUGACCUGGUAAAAAAAAACAUAUUUCCCCACUGUACUUGUGUCAUCUACAUCACAGAGCUGGAUUAUGUGAUAAAUGGUCAGAAUUCCGGUAUAACUGUUUUCAAACUGAUGGCUAACUGAUCCUGCUUUAUGAUACCCUCCUCUGGUAAAAUAAAUGAUGAUAUUAUUCCCAAACAUUAGUCAAACUGUACAUGAACAUAUCUGUCCUUUCCCAGGCGUGUAUCCAGACCAGUGCUGCUGUAGCGGAGGCAGGAGAGACUGUGGCUAUCAUCUAUGAAGAGGACAACACAGCAUACCUCUAUGAAGGAUAG